AUCAACACGGCGAGCCCUCAAUGUGCUUGACAGCUUUGUGACUCUCAGUCGCUCGUCGACAUCUGAAGAGAGGCCGCUCGGAGAAGAAGGCGGAGUCACAGCUGAGCGGGGUCGGCAAUUUUCCGCUAAUAACUCCAAACAGAUUCUCCUAAAAACAUAUAUGUGGAAUAUAAUCAUGUUAUUUUCCCGGUGGCCUUCACCAUUUACACCAGCUUAAGUGCUACGUUCGGCAUGCCCCCGCGUAGCCCCGACGAGCGCGGACUGCAACGGGGGGGGGGGGGAUCAUCGGUCCACAUCGUUCGCUUUGAAUCGUUCCAUGUUUUGUGCUACGCUUGCGACGUCGCGCCAGGCUUUUAGUUUCUCACCGGAAUAUCGGAAAGAAAACGACUCCGAACAGUGGCUCCCAGCAGCCUUCCAAGUGAGACUGCAACUAUGGCGCUGACAAUGGCCCCUGUCGGAUGUCGCUUCAGCGGCUGAAAUGAGAACAUUUCCUUCAAGUUGUGUUGGUGUGGAUGAAGAUGAUGCCCCAGAUAUUGACGUAUAUCAUUGUCCAAACUGCGAGAAGACCCACGGCAAGUCAACAUUAAAAAGGAAAAAGAAUUGGAACAAACAUGACACUUGGCAAAGCACAGAUAUCCGAGCUGUUCAGAAUGGCAGUCAAGUUUUCAUAAAGGAGCUCCGUAGCAGAACAUUUCCAAGUGCUGACGAUAUUGUUAUUAAACUAAAUGGCAAUCAGCUGACAAUGGAUUACCUGGAGGAAAACGGUUUUGAUGAACCCAUCCUUGUUCAGAAGAAAGAUGGUUUAGGCAUGUCUAUGCCACCUCCCACCUUCUACAUCAGUGAUGUGGAAAAUUAUGUUGGUCCUGAUGUCGGUGUUGAUGUUGUUGAUGUCACUAGACAGACUGAUAGCAAGAUGAAGCUUAGAGAGUUUGUUGAUUAUUAUUACAGCACGAACAGAAAGAGAGUAUUAAAUGUAAUCAAUCUGGAGUUCUCUGACUCAAGGAUGAACAGUAUUGUGGAGAGCCCUCAAAUUGUGCAGAGCUUGUCUUGGGUUGAAAACUACUGGCCUGAAGACGCUCUGCUUGGAAAGCCAAAAGUCACUAAAUACUGCCUGAUCUGUGUCAAAGACAGCUACACAGACUUCCACAUUGAGUGUGGUGGUGCCUCUGUCUGGUAUCAUGUAUUAAAGGGAGAAAAGAUCUUCUUUCUCAUCAAGCCCACAUCUGCCAAUCUUUCUCUGUACGAGCGCUGGAGGUCAUCAUCCAAUCACAGUGAAAUGUUCUUUGCUGACCAAGUGGACAAGUGUUAUAAAUGCCCUCUGAAGCAAGGACAGACUUUGUUCAUCCCAUCAGGUUGGAUCAAUGCUAUUCUGACUCCUGUUGACUGUUUGGCAUUCUCUGGCCAUUUUGUCCACAACUUGAGUGUCGAGAUGCAAAUGAGAGCAAAUGAAAUUGAGAAGCGGCUAAAGGUGAAAACCAUCACCCCGUUCCCAAACUUUGAGACAGCAUGCUGGUACGUGGGACGCCAUCUCCUUGAACGAUUCAAAGGAUUACAUAAAGCAAAUAAGCAGCCAGCACCAUAUCUGAUCCAUGCUGCCAAAAUCAUCAACGGAGCCUUUAGAGCAUGGACAAAAAAGCAGGCCCUCUUAGAACAUGAAGAUGAGCUUCCGGAAAACAUGAAACCCUCACAGCUCAUCAAAGAUCUUGCCAGAGAGAUUAGACUCUCAGAGAAUGCAACUAAAGCCAUUAAAAGUGAGGUGCCAGUGGAGGGCGCCCAAUCACCCCACUUGGAUCCAGGAGAUCCUAUUUCACCAGCUCAGGUUCCCUCACCGAGCUUUGAAAUAGCCAGAAAGAAAGCCUUCAACCCCUCUAAGCCCCAUAGACCUCCCAAACUCCCCAAACCUCCGAAAACGCUAAAGGCCAAACACGGAGGUAAGAAGAAAAUUAAAAAUAUAAAAGAUUCACCCCCUCCACCUAAACCCUCCAGUUUCACAGCUCUGGAGUCCCAUGCAAAGGAUAUCUUGAGUAAGAUGGACCAGCCAAAGAAGCCAAAGGGUGUGAGGAAUAUUGUGACGAUAUCAGAAAAGGAAACGUUGAAGCAAAACAAUGUGGAAAAGUUUGAAAAUAGAGAGCAGCAUAAAAACAAGACUGAAGCAAGAUGGAAGUACAAGAAUAGUAAACCAGACUCCCUGCUAAAAAUGGAAGAGGACUGCAAAUUUGACAGGACGUCAGUUUUAGGCAAUAAAAUCAGCUUUACACUAGCUCACAAGAAAUUCCUGGGUUCAAAGACACCGAAAACCCAGACUGACACAAGUAUUUUUGGGAUGCAAAACCUAAAAGAAGACAAACCCAAGCCAGUGAGAGAUGAAUACGAAUACGUCUCGGAUGAGGGAGAACUGAAGAUUGAUGAAUUCCCCAUUAGACGAAAAAAGAACACCCUAAAGAGAGACCUUUCCUGUGAGUACUGUUUUUUGUCAGAAGUCAGAGAACCAAUUCAGCCAACCAAAAAAACAAAGACCAAGCCCUUGGUGUCGAAGAAUCAGAGUGCUGAUUCUUCAGAUGAAGAAACUCUCCAUAUAGACACAGACGCCAAGCCCGAGGGGAAAUGUCGCAACUUCAACACAAUAAUGAAUAAAAAAAGUGGCAGUGCGGCAGGUAUUCUUGACUUGCUGCAGGCCAGCAAGCAAGUGGGCGGAAUUGACUACAGCACCAACAGUCAGCCACCCGCAUCUCCCAGCACACAGGAGGCCAUUCAGGGCAUGCUGUCCAUGGCUAACCUGUCGUCGUCAGACAACUUGCAACAAUCGUGGAGCAGCAAUAGUCAGUCAAAGAACAUCUGGCACAUGCACAGCUCGCUAGCCAGUAAGAAGGCCAGCAGAGGAGUUGGCAAUGGUCGCAGCAGCAACAGCAGGCAGUUCACUAAAUGCCUCUUGAAGAAAGCCCGCAAGAGCAGCAGUAUUGAGAGCCAUUAUUAUGAUGACCAGGAUCACAUGGAUGCAUGCUUUAAAGACUCAGAUUAUGUUUAUCCGUCGUUGGAGUCUGAGGAGGAUAAUCCCGUUUUCAAAUCCAGAUCGAAAAAACGGAAAAACAGCGACGACAUUCCAUACAGCCCUACGGCUCGUGUAGGACCCUCGGUUCCUCGACAGGAAAGGCCUGCAAGAGAAGGAGCACGUGUAGCCUCCAUAGAAACAGGCCUGGCUGCUGCUGCAGCAAAGCUCUCUCAUCAGGAGGAGCAACAAAAAACUAAGAAGAAGAAAAUCAUCAACAAGAAAAAAACAGCGAUAGAGGAGCCACUACAAAUCUCUCAGGAUAGUAGCUCGUCAGAUCACAAUCUGGACUCCCAAGAUGGAAGCCUCACAGACCAUGAGUUGAACAGCGAAACCGUCAAGUUGCAAGGAGGGCCGCAGCCCAUGGCACCAGGGGUGUUCCUCAGCCAAAGAAGACCAUCCGUGUCUUCUCCGAACAGCAACUCAACUGGCACCAAUAGUAACUCUAUGACAAGAGGGGAUCGUGGCGUUUCUGCAGAUGCUAAAACUAAGCGGCUAAAGAAAGGCAUGGCAACAGCAAAACAGAGACUUGGGAAGAUUUUAAAGAUCCAUCGAAAUGGAAAACUCCUCCUGUAGCAUGCAGCGAACUGCAGGACUGGGAUGUUCUUGAACUGGGUCCCACCCUCUUGUUUUUCAUGAUUAAAGUUAACAGCGACAAAAAAAGAUGAGAAGGGGGAAAGAAGAAGUCACUGAUUUUUCAAUUUCGAAACUAACAUCGCACAUACAUUACUGCCUCUCCUCAUACUUUAUAACUUUGAGAUAUUAAAGUGUACAUACCUACUAUAAAUAUUUUUAAUAAAACGUCUCACUUUACAACAUCAGUUUUCAGGGGUUGCUAAAACAUGAAGCAGAAGUGCAUUGCAGGCGUUCCAAGAUUUCCGAAAUUUUCCAUUGCAUGUAUUCAAUUGCAUGUGUCCCUGGGUUUGGGAAUUGGAACAACAAUUUGCCACACCGAAUUGAGAAAGAGCAAAAUGACCUCAAUUUGUUACCUUCCGGACGAGGCUCUGGUUUAAGUCAUCCUGAGCAAUUACUGUUUUGUUAAUAAGUAAGUUUCCAAAUCAUUAGCGGAGUCAAUGUUUAUUUUUUUUGUACUGAGUCACUAGAAACUAGGGUUUUAAGAAAUGAAAAAGUGAAUGUGGGUAGCAACAGCAUAUUUAGCUAAGCCAUUGGGAAAGGUAGGACGACACAGCGAGACAAACUUGUUGGUACAUCUCUGCUCAUGAAAUAAAAAAUAAAAAAACACACACACACAAUAAUCACAAAAAUAACUUGAAAGUGACAAAAGAAAUAACAGAUACAAAUUUACUGAAAAUUAACCGAUGAUUUCUGUGACUGUCAAUGAGAAUAGUACGUCUCGACACAUAUUUGGCCUUCUCGGGUUUGAAGCAUGCCUUCUCUGGAUAGUAUUUACAUUGGGAGAAUUGCAGUAUAUUAGCGCUCUUCGCAGGACUGUGAAAAGUGCGGGAUUCUGCGGAUUUUCCUCGGAGAGAAAUCAUUUCUGUGAAUCGUCUAAAUUUGCACACAAAAACGUUCUGUGGGCGUUAACGUAGUACUCGUCUGUAAUCAUGACCGUCAUAUUUACAGCAAUGAAGACCGUAUCACGGCAGGCAAAAUGUAACGCAUUCUCCAUUUAUAUUUUAUCGGUGCGAUCUUUCUUCUUUCUGCACAUUUAAAUUCAUUGUAUGCUACCACGUUUUGACAUUAAGUUUGCGGUCUGAGGUCCAGAGCACUCUGGAGAAGGUUUGUGUUCUGGAGAAGGUUUGGGUCUGUGCUUGGGCGCAUUCAUCUUUCCUUCGAUUGCAACCCGUCGUCCUGUCCCUGCAGCUGAAAAUCACCCCCACAGCACGAUGCUGCCGCCACCAUGCUUCCCUGUCGGGACUGCAUUGGACAGGUGAUGAGCAGUGCCUGGUUUUCUCCGCACAUAGCGCUUAGAAUUAAGGCCAAAAAGUUCUAUCUUGGUCUCAUCAGACCAGAGAAUCUUAUUUCUCACCAUCUUGGAGUCCGUCAGGUGUUUUUUUUUAGCAAACUCCAUGCAGGCUUUCAUGUGUCUUGCACUGAGGAGAGGCUUCCGUCGGGCCACUCUGCCAUAAAGCUCUAGGAAGGGUUCCGGUCGUCCCAAACGUCUUCCAUUUAAGGAUUCUGGAGGCCACUGUGCUUGUGCUCUUAGGAACCUUAAGUGCAGCAGAGAUUUUUUUGGUAACCUUGGCCAGAUCUGUGCCUUGCCACAAUUCUGUCUCUGAGCUCUCCAGGCAGUUCCUCUGACCUCAUGAUUCUCUUUUGCACUGUGAGCUGUAAGGUCUUCUAUAGACAGGGGUGUGGCUUUCCUCAUCAAGUCCAGUCAGUAUAAUCCAACACAGCUGGACUCCAGUGAAGGUGGAGAACCAUCUCAAGGAUGGUCAGAAGAAAUGGACAGCACCCGAGUUAAAUAUAUGAGUGUCACAAAAGGAUCUGAAUACUUAUGGCUGUGUGACAUCUGAAAAGUCAUCUGAAAAAAUCUGAAAAAGAUUUCAAAUAUUCCGUUUUUUUCUGUCAAUACGGGGUGCUGAUUUGACUUUUUCCAAUUCGCAGCCCUGUUUUCAGAACAGUCCAUUUGGCUUUUUUUUCUCUUCUUAGUUUGUGUCUUUCUUUAUCCCGACGUGAGACCCGUGACCUGCGACCGAGCUUUCUGACACUGGGCAGUACCUUCCUCUCCGGAAUGCCUUGCUUGCCUUGAGAUUUCUUUUCACCCAAUAUACAGCGCUGUGAAAAAGUAUUAGCCCACUUCUCAAAUUCAUAUAUUAUUGCAUAGUUUCCCCACUUUAAGAUCAUCAAAUGUGUAAAUAUCAGGCAAAGAUAACCCAAGUAAACACAAAAGACUUUCUAAAUGGUGAUUUUAUUUAUUAAAGGGACAUUGUAUUGCAUUUUCAGUUGAUUACUGGCCAAAAUUGCGUUAUCAUUGGUUUAUUAUGACCUCUGCUAAUAAUCUGGUGCAUUCUCGUAAGCGAAGAAUUUUAGAUUUAUCUAUACAUGAGUGGUGACCCAGUAGGGGAGCACCAUGACAGUCUGCCAUCUUGAAACUGAAGUUGCCAGCGUUCUCCUUAACAAGUCAGUCAACACUGCUUAAAUUAGCCUGAAGGGGACUUUUUUUUCAAUUCCACCCCCCGCCCAUAAGAAUUUGAGAAGGGGGCCAAUAUUUUUUCGCGGUACUGUAGGUUGGAGACGCCCUGUGCCACUUUUAGCAAAGCAGCCCCAGACCUGACAGUAGGUAACGUGUUCUUUUCCUUGAACACAGGGCACAGCCUAAAUUUUUCAUACACAUUUGUUAAAAAAUUCAAAACCAUAAUCACUGAAAUAACUUGGAGACUGGAAUUUGCUGAAAUGUACGAGUAUAUUGACAAGCCACAAUGCUUCUGAGAAAAUUCUUGUGACGGUUAUGGGUUUUUCUUGAACUUUUUUUUUUUUUUUGCUUGUCUGAUGUGUACAAAGAAAAUAACACUACGUCAGAGGUGUGGACUCCAGUCACAUGACUUGGACUCGAGUCAUGAACUUGAUGACUUUCGACUUGACAAUAUGUUAAAAGGCUACAACUUGACUUGCUACUUUGAUUGAAGCGCUGAUAAACCAACACUUAGUAGCUUUCUCUUUCCAUAGCUAUGCAGACCCAUUCCAAAAAAAAUAGAAUAUCAUGGAAAUGUUGAUUUCUUUCCAUAUUUCCAUUCAAAAAGUGAAACUUUCAUAGGGUAUAGAGUCAGGGGCCACAAUUUAAACAAUUUCAGGUGUUUAUUUGUACAUAAUUUGGGCUUCCAGCUCAUAAAACCCACAAAAUCAGGAAUUCAAAAAGUUAGAAUACUGUGAAGAAAUCCGCCCAAAUUUUACAAGCCAUAAAUAUUUGAAACUGAGUGUCACACAUUAAUCAUCGACUAAACUCAAAGCUCCUGCACGGGCUGACCCCAGGUUUCAUUAAAUAGCUUGUUUGGUUCAAUUGUCUCAGUUGGUUCAUUUUGGGGAAGACUGAAGACUUGACAACUGGCUAGAAGAGCAUCAUUUGUACCCGCCAUUGGAUGGCUAAGCCACAAACGUUCAUAGCUAAGGAGGCUGGCUGUUCACAGAGUGCUGUGUCCAAGCAUAUCAAUGGAAAGUCUAGC